AUGAAGGUGCAUGAUCUGUUGUUCGUCGCUAUUUUGUCCCUUGGUGUAGCUGUUCAUACCCAGCUGGUCAAGGGGCAACCCCGGCCAGGUUGCCCAACUAGAUGUGGCAACGUCAUAAUCGAGUAUCCUUUUGGUAUUUCGGAAGGUUGUUACUAUCCUGGAGAUCGUGAUGCCUUCGAGCUCACCUGUAAAGACGAGAAGUUAAGAUUUUUUGCUGGCCAUGAAGUGAUCAGCAUUUUUCACAGCGGCCAGCUACGCAUCAUGUUUCCUGUAGCCUAUUCUUGCUACGACGUGAACGGAAACUUCGAAGGGAACUCUCUCCCCAUUUUGGCGACACGUCGUUUUACUCUCUCCAGCAACAACAGCUAUAUUGGAGUAGGAUGUAGCACUUAUGCGCUGCUGAGACAUCACGGUAAACAACGAAAUUACACAUUUGGAUGCAUAUCAUUGUGUGAUGUAGUCCCGCCAGACGGAGAAUGUUCUGGUGAAGGUUGCUGCCAGAUGCCUGUUCCUAGGAAGGCCCUUGAGUUCAAAUUGUAUCCACGUAGCAUUGACAAUCAAACUUCUGUGCAUAGUUUUAAUCCUUGCGCCUUCGCCUUUCUAGUUGAAAAUGGUAAGUUUAACUUCAGUGCUUCGAAAGAUCUUAAGGAUCUCCGGAAUGUCAAGGAGUUCCCUGUGUUACUAGAUUGGUCUAUUGGAGAACAAACAUGCGAUCAAGUUGGGAAAAAAGAGCUUGUGCGGUGGGAUCAGCACAUGUAUUAA